AUGUCCCGGAUAUUUACAAAGGAAUUGUAUUUAUUUGAAGUUAAUACGGUGCACUUAUCACAGUAUUUGUUGCUGUCGUACUGGAAUCGAAAUUUUUGUGAUGCUUCUAACCCUGACAAUACCCGCUACGUUAACCUGCUAAAUAACAGCCGUGCCGGAUACUCGUUCCUCACUGACUAUGAGAAUAAUAUUUUGGUGAAUACCAAAACAUCAAAGUAUGUUGUCUGUGCCAACGAUGAGAAAAAGAGGGAAAAUUAUGGAACUUUCCUCUUUGUCGUGAAUGGGGACGUAUUGUCCUCAGAGAGGUUGUCGAGCAGUUUGGCACGAUUUACAAACCGUAUAAUCGGGGCACCUUUAAAUCUCCAAAGCUACAGACAUGUCCCAAUUGCGUUCAUGUAUAAUUUAUUAAAGCAUUUCACACCUGUGAAUGAAGCCGAUGAGGAAAGAGAUGUUUAUGACUUGCCCCAAGAAACCGAAAGAGCAAGUUCGUCCUUGCUUGUGGAUCGCCAAGCAGAAAUCACCACCAGUGAAAUGGACAAGGUUGCUUUGCAACAAAGGAAGCCCAAAAGAAUCAAUAUGGAAAAUGUUGUCCAUUCGGUGGAAACUGUUCCUGAGACUGUAGCUCCGUUAACUACGGUAUCUCUGGUGGAUUUGGGGCCACAAAUGUUGCAAGGCCGCGUUUCAGCGGAAGCUAUGCCAGAGCAUGAUUUCAAUGCUUUGCUUAGCUUGAGAGCUUUUCUGAGAAGCUCAACGGCGAAUUUCAAGUCGUUGGAACAAGCUCAGGGUGUUGCUCUCGUGUUGAAACGCCAGGUUGACAUUCUGGCGGAGAUGCCAACAGGCGCUGGAAAAAGUCUUCUUUUUCUCCUGCCUUCAUUUAUGGAGGCUGGAAAAAAUUUAACCACUGUUGUGGUAAUGCCUUUGGUGGUCUUGACGGCCGACAUGAUGAAGAGGUGUCGGGAGGUCGGAUUGAAGUUCGACACUUGGAGAGGGGGCGAGACGCUCACUGCGAUCAGCAUUUUGUUUGUUGCCGUCGAGCACUGUUGCAGCACCGAGUUGCAAGGUUUUUUGGCCAGGUUGCAUAGUCUGAAGCGCCUGGCCCGCAUCGUCAUUGACGAGUGCCAUUUGUGUCUGACUUGGUCCGAUUUCAGACCAGCCAUGUUGGACACUUUCUUAUUUCGAAAAUUGCCGGUGCCAUUGGUUUUGCUGUCCGCAACGGUGCCACCUUCGUGGGAGAAGACCAUAGAAUCCCUGUAUCAGAUCGACUUCCAGGUGAUCCGAUCUUCUUCCACGAUCAGACCAAACAUUGCUUACUCAGUUGUUCAGAGUAAUUUUAUCAUCGAGCAAUGUUUGGUCGUAUCCAUUCUUUGGGGUACGACAACUUCUGCGGUUUUGUGUGAGACGGUGUUCUCUGGUGCCCGUAAUAGGUUCACAUCUUUGGAAGUUUCGAUGUACCAUGGUAAACUUCCCGUGGAACAGAAGAAAAUAAUGCAAGAAAAGUUUAUGAAGGCUGGCAAGUGCCUUAUGGUAGCCACCUCGGCGUUCGGUGUUGGCAUUGACAAGCCUAAUGUCAAAUAUGUCUUUCACCAUGGCAUGCCAUCAAGUCUCCUGGACUAUGCCCAGGAGUCAGGCCGAGGUGGCCGAAAUGGAGCAAGUACCGGUUGUUGCAACUUCACCAAUGACGAUGAGCAAACAAAAUAUACUUCGGCUCGGGACUAUUUCUUGGUGGUCUGUUUUCAACCUGGCAUUGGUAACACAGAGGCUGUUUGGCAAGCCAUCUACAUUGUUACGGUUCUUUAA